AUGACUAAAGAAGAAGAGAAGAAGAAGAGAAUAAGAAGAAGAAGAAGAACAGUGGCCUUGGGGGAGGGUGAGAGAACGAAAAAGAAGAGAAGAAGAAGAAGAAGAAGAAGAAGAGAAGAAGAAGAAGGCAGUGCUAAGGGUGAGACGAAGAAGAAGAAUGAAGAAGAAGAAGAAAAAAAAGUAACUGUGGCUGGGGUCAAGAGACGAAAAAGAAUAAGGACGAAGACCAGAAGAAGAAGAAAAUCAGGUGACUGGGAGGUGAGAGAAACGAAGAAUAAGAAUAAUAAGAAGAAGAUGAAUAAGAAGAAAAAGCAGUGGCUUGAAAAUGGUGAAGAAGACGAAAAAGUAAUAAGAAAAGAUAAGAAGAAGAAGAAGAAGGAGCCUUGGGUGAAGAAGAACGAAAAGAAACAAGAAGAAGAAGAAGAAGAAGAAGAAGAAGAAGAAAAGGGCCACAGUGCUGAGGGUGAUAAGACGAAAAAGAAGAAUAAGAAAAGGAAAAAGAUAAAGAAGAAGUCCGUGGCUGAAGGAACGAAAAAGAAGAAGAAGAAUAAGAAGACGACAGUAAGGAAGCAGUGGCUGAGUGGAAGAACGAAAAAGAGAAGAAGAAGAAGAAAAAAGAAGAAGAAAAGAAGAAGAAGAAGAAGAAGAAGAAAGAAGCAUUGGCUGAGGGUUAGAGACGAAAGCAAGAAGAAGAAGAAGAAGAAGAAAGAAGUGCUGAAGGGUGAAGAGACAAAAAAGAGAAAAGAAGAAGAAGAAGCGUGGCUGAAGAAGAAGAAGAAGAAAGAAAGAGAAGAAGAAGCAGGGCUGAGGGUGAGAAAAGAACGAAAACAGAAGGAAGAAGAAGAAGAGAAGCAGAACCAGAAGAAGAAGAAGAGAAGAAGAGCAUGGUGGCCUGAGGGUGAGAGAGAAAAAAGAAAAAGAAGAAGAAGCAGGAAGAAGAAGAAGAAGAAGAAGAAGAAGAAGAAGCAUGCUGAGGGUGAGAGAGGACGCAAAAAGAAGAAGAAGAAGAAGAAGGAAGAAGGAAGAAGAAGAAGCGUGGCUGAGGGGGAGGAGACGAAAAAGAAGAAGAAGAAGAAGAGAAGAGGAAGCAGUGGUGAGGUGUCUGAAGGAGACGAAAAACGAAGAAGAAGAAAGAAGAAGAAGCCAGUGCUGAAGGGUGAAAGAAGAAGAAGAAGAAGAAGAAGAAGAAGAAGAAGAGUGGCUGAGGGUGGAGAGAAGAAUGAAGAAGAAGAAGAAGCAGUGGCUGGGAGGGUGAGAGACGAAAAAAGAAGAAGAAGAAUAAGAAGAAGGAAGAAGAAGGUGGCUGAGGGGGAGACCGUGAAGAAGAAGAAGAAGAAGACGAAUAAAAAGAAGAGGAAGAAGCAGUGGCUGAGGGUGAGAGACGAAAAGCAAGAAGAAAGAAGGAAGAAGAAGAAGAGGAAGAAGCAGUGCGAGGGUGUGAAGAAGAAGAAGAAGAAGAAGAAGAAGAAGAAGAAGAAGAAGAUAAGAGAAGAAGCAGUGGCUGAGGGUGAGAGGACGAAAAAGAAGAAAGAAAAGAAGAAAAAGAAGAAGGAAGCAAGUGGCUGA